UGGAACCAUAUACCACAAACAUGUCUUCCUUUCUAUGCAUUUUCUUCAUCAUUUUCUUGGCUGUUACUACUUCUGUUCAAUCUGCAAGACAAUUUCAUGUUGGUGAUCAUUUCGGUUGGCGUCAACCUGAUCAAAACAAUGCUGAUUUUUACACCAAAUGGGCUCGAAUUAACCGAUUCCAAAUUGGAGAUUCUCUCGUUAUUAUUAUUAUUAUUCAUGUUUUUCUUGUUAUUGUUUAUGUAGUUUUUGAGUACGAGAAUGACUCAGUUCUUAGUGUUGAAAAAGAGGAUUACAUUAACUGUGACACAAGUAAACCAAUCACUACUUUCACCAAUGGAAAGAGCACUCUUAAUCUUGACAGAUCUGGACCUUUCUACUUUAUUAGUGGAACUGAUGAUCAUUGCAACAAUGGCCAAAAAUUGCUUGUUGAAGUUAUGGCGCCGCAUCCGAUUCCAGCCUCUCCUCCCACUCCAACCACCAUUGCGGUUCCGCCCGAAGGUUCCUCGUCGCCGAUGAUGGCUCCUUCGAAUGCGCCUUAUUCAUCUGAUACCUUGGAUCAGGCUACAUCAUCUUCCUCCAUGGUGGUGGUUGCUUCAUGUUUUAUGUCUACUUUGGUCACAUUUGUAAUUGUGAUAAUGUUAGGUUAA